GACGGAGGGUAAUAACUCCAAUAAUGAAAAUUCUGGGAUUCAGUUUUAAGACGAUCAUUGGUGAAAAUAGUCUGCGGUUGAGUUGCUACGGAAGCAGGGCCAGACAGUUCACAUCUCUCCACAGUUCUGUGCAGUGAUUGUUCUUAAAACCACACUUUUUGCCUCCCACUGACCCUCAAGCACCUCAAGUUUUAUUUCUUUGCACUUUUUCGCAACCAAAAACCAGAUCACCUAAAAUGGAGGAUAUUUCCGAUGAACUACCCCCAGAGCAGAUUGCUGUGCUGCAGAAGGCCUUCAACAGCUUCGAUGCUCAGAAGACUGGAAGCAUUUCCACGGAGACUGUGGCAGAAAUCCUGAGACUCAUGGGUCAGCCGUUCAACAGCAAAAUCCUCGCGGAGCUCAUUGAUGAGGUGGAUGAGGACAAAUCCGGCCGUUUGGAGUUCAACGAAUUCGUCCAGCUCGCCGCCAAGUUCAUCGUUGAGGAGGAUGCAGAAGCGAUGCAGAAGGAGCUUCGCGAGGCCUUCCGCCUGUACGACAAGGAGGGCAACGGCUAUAUUCCCACAACAUGCCUCAGAGAGAUCCUCCGUGAAUUGGACGACCAGCUCACAGAACACGAGCUGGACAUCAUGAUAGAGGAGAUUGACUCCGAUGGAUCUGGAACAGUUGACUUUGAUGAAUUCAUGGAGAUGAUGACAGGAGAAUAAAUUCAUCAAGAAAUCUUCUCAUCUUUAUUUUACUACAAGACUUUCUGUUGAAAGUGUUAAAAACUGAUCACUUUACUCUUUUUUC